AUGAGUGCUUCUCCAGGACAACGUCACGUCGACGCGAGUCCGUCCAACGAGGCUGUGCUUCCAGUGCUAGAAUGGAUGGUGCGGCACGCCGAUAUAAAGCAGGCCUCUCUGCGCUCCAUACUGCAGGAUUUGUCGUUCAAGUUCGGUGGCUACGACUUUUCGUCACGAAAAAACUGGAUAAAAGAACACGUUCUUCGGUGUCUGCGCGAGCGCAUGCAAACGGCGAGCGGCGCAAGCGGCGAGCAGCCUAUCAGUGGAGGCAACGCUACAGCGCCGAACGCCUCGGUGAACCGUACCGCAGACCCAGAAGGUCCACCAGGCGUUAUCGAGUCCGCGACCAGGAAACGACGAUCAAACAAAGCGAAGCGCUCGCAAGAGAACGACGACGACACUGCCACUUAUCGCGAGUCGCCGCUGCGCUUUACUGGACUCAUGGCCCCGGUCAUGCUUGCUCCCGAACUCGCGGCAGUCUGCGGCGGACAGGAUAUUCUUCCGCGGCCCUGGAUCGCAAAACAGCUACAUGCUUAUGUUCGCGAACACGAACUGCGAGAUCCAAGCCAGGGGAUGCGCUUUCGUCCGGAUGCGGCGCUUGCCAAGCUCUUUCCCGAUCGCGACUCGGUAUCAUUCUUUGAAAUGAACAAACUGCUCGAGCAGCACAUCCGAAAAGAAAGUCAAUGCGCACCAGAGGAGCAAGCUCGAAUCCAAGCCUGGCGUCAGGAAUGGGAAGCCAAGGGACUCACCCAGCGACGGAAAAUCCCAGCCAAACGAGCACGCGUUCGUGCUGGACGUCAGCAUCUCAAAGAGAAAGCGCUGGGAGCAUCAUUUUCGCCAUUGAGUGGUGGUUCCCAGUCGACGCAGGAUAGCCACCGCUCGUCGACGCCCUCAACGGGAAAGAGGAAAGCAUCGGGACUGGCGCAACCGCUGCAGGUCUCAGAGGCGCUGAGCGACAUCUGUGGAGGCGCGCGCAUCCUCAGCCGGUGCGAAGUGGUGCGCCUCCUCUGGGAGUACAUCAAGAAGCAGCAGUUGCAGGAUCCCAAUGAUCGCAAGGUUAUCCAAUGCGAUGCCAAACUUCAGCGAGUCUUCGACGGUGAGACGCGAGUCACCGCUUUUGGGAUGAACCGCUUUCUGGGGAAACAUCUGCAACCUCUUCAACGCAACGAUGAGGUCGGUAGGGGUUCUCAGUCGGAACUGGACUCGGAAAGUUGA